AUGGUGUACCACCACCGGCAGAACACUCCGAUGAAGGCACCGCCGACAGCCUUGAGUAGGAGCAUUUCCAAGUCAGCUGAGUCUCUUGCUGCUACCACGAGGAACGGUAAAGAGGUUCGGACGAGAAAGACGCGAAGCACGGAGCAGCCAGGAGCUGGUCUUGUGAGGGGCACCAGCUCAGUCGGCUUGCCAGCUCUCGUCAAGAACUGGGCAAGAGACGACGAUAGUAACUACAGCCGCUCCAGGAAUGGCAGUGGCAGCAGUCGAGCAGCGAGUCUAGACCGUAGCACCCGCGGCUCCAGCACAACUCUCAACUCUGAUGAGGACAACAUUAAUGUGGUCGUCAGAGUUCGUCCACUAAACGAGCAAGAACGGGCAGUGAAUAAGCACGAAAUCAUAGAAUUUCCCGGCAAAGGACAGAUAGUGGUCCACGGAGACACGCCCAAUCAGAAGGCAAAAGUGUUCUCAUAUAACGUCGUUUUUGAACCUGCAGCUACUCAGGAAGACAUUCUAGAAUAUUCUGGAGUGAAGAGAUUGCUCGAGAUGGCUGUAGAAGGCUUUUCUUGCACUGCGUUCUGUUACGGACAAACCGGCAGUGGCAAGACGCACACCUUGACUGGACCACCUGGAUUGGUAAGUAAAGUGGAGAGCGGCACGAGCCCCUAUGCACCUGGCCACGGUCUGGUGGUCCGAUCUUUAGUCUACCUGUUCCAGUUGAUACGCGAUCGACCUGAUUGCCACUUCGUAUUGAAGGCGUCCUUUUUAGAGAUUUAUAAUGAAAAGGUGAUAGACCUACUGAAUCCAGGCACAGCGAGAAAACCACUCCAAGUGCGGUGGUCGAAAGAAAGCAGAAGCUUCUACGUGGAAAACUUGUUUACAGUUGAUUGUGAAGAAUUAGACGACCUGUUUGCUGUUUUAGAAGAAGGUAUGCGAAACCGCGCAGUCGGAUCCCACGCUAUGAACGCCAACUCUUCCCGUUCCCACACGUUACUUUGCAUACGCGUGCGGCGUGACUUACGCACCGAGGGUGACGUCACGUGCUCCACGCAUGGAAAGAUCAACUUCGUGGACUUAGCUGGCAGUGAGAUGACCAAAAAAACGCAGAGUACGGGAAAAACGCUCGAGGAGGCGAAUAAUAUAAACAGAAGUCUUAUGGUUUUAGGUUACUGCAUAGCGCAACUAAGCGACGGUAAGAAAAAAGGACAUAUACCGUAUCGAGACAGUAAAUUAACAAAAUUAUUAGCUGACAGUCUUGCUGGGAACGGUGUUACCCUUAUGAUCGCUUGUAUUGCCCCAAGUAGAUCUAAUCUAAGUGAGACAAUAAACACACUAAGGUACGCAUCUCGAGCGAAGAAGAUCAAAUCUAAACCUAUUGUAAAGAUGGAUGCGAGAGACGCUCUUAUCCUGAGUUUGAAAAGAGAAGUGGAAGCACUACAAGCUGAGAAUCACCACUUGAGAACAGCUUUACAUGUACAAACUGAUUACAACAUGGACGCGUACUCUCAACGCAAUCGAAGAACUCCAACACAAAUUGAACCCAACAAGCUGUACCAACUUCCACAAGCAGAGCUGGUAGAUUUAGUCCAGCUGCAUAUGGAUGAGAACUCAGCGCUAAGAAGAGAAAACAGCGAGUUAUUUGGCGUAAGAGAUCAGCUGCUUAGAGAUCAGGAAAUCCUGAGUAGAGAGAACGAGCGAUUGCUGAAGAAACUCGAGGAUGUCAAUUCUGUAUGUAUCAGAUCGCCAAUCAUCCCCGCGCGGCCGACCUACUCAGAGCCAGCAGCCAACGUGACGCCGCCCAACAUCUGGACCAACCCUGCUGCUUCUUCAGCUAACAGCGUGUCAAAUGGCCGAAGAUAG